AUGGUAUAUGCCGUCCUGCUCAUUAUUUUCAUGGACGACAUGUCGGGCAAUGUGUCGAAGCAGUGGAAUAAGCAUCACACCAUUUAUAUGUCCAAUGCCAAAUUGCCACACGAGAUGCUCGAGAAAGAGUUUUUUGUACGAUUUGUCACAUCAUCACCUCAUGCUGCACCAAUGGAGCUCAUUGUCGCAGCCAAAUCUGGCAUUGUUGCAUGGGACUGCAAGGACAAUCAAGAAGUCAUGCUUAUUCCAUAUGCAUUGUUCAUUGCUGGUGACAAUCCCAUGCAGGCCAAAGAGUGCAGCCAUGCGGGGCUGAAUUGUAAUUAUUAUUGCAGGACAUGCGAGGUUGGUGGCAUGAAGGAAUAUAAAGAAUCCGAGGCUGGAUAUAACAGCAUCUUCAAUGUGUCUCAGAAGGUGAAGAAUUCUAUGUCAUCGACUGGUAUUCAUGAUAUGGCUUUAGCCUUCAUUCUCAACACACUGCUGGAGCUUGGCAAAAAACUCAGGAAAUGCAUAGCAGGUUCUCCGGCACUACCUGAAAAUGAAGUCAGGAUCGUGCUCAAGAAAGAGUUUGAGCAGCUCUUGCAAGGCAGAAGGCUCGAUGAUGCUAUCAAUCCCUUACUGGGAAUGCAUGCAUUCAAUGUUCACAUGGAUAUGCCAACUGAAAUUCUCCAUACAGUACUGCUCGGCAUUGUUAAAUACUUCUGGGGGCAGACAGUGUUUCUCCUCGAGAAAUCUAAGCUCCUGCAUCUCUUCCAGAACCGCCUCAAGACCGUCAACAAGGAUGCGCUAAAUGCUCCUUGCCUCAACGCCGACUACAUCUGCCACUACAAAGGCAGCUUGAUUGGCAAGCAUUUCAAGAGUCUGGCGCAAGUAAUGCCAUUCCUCAUUUAUGACCUUGUCCCACCAAUGGUCCUCGAUGGUUGGACAGUUAUGGGUGAACUCAUUGUCCUCAUCUGGCACAUGAAGAUAGAAAACAGUGAAACUUAUCUCCCUGACAAAUCAUGUUCACCUAUGUACAAUUUACAUGGGUAUUAUGAUCUAUGA